UUUCCACAAAUACGUUGACGACGGAUCGUUUUUGAAAAUGUACGAAAAAUAAGAGUCCGUUUAGAAAUAAGAUAAGAAUAAGCCCUUCAAACCCUUUGACGAACUUGUAUCCACUUCCAAACCGUUUCAGGCUAGAGAUGCCCAAACAGGAUUAAAUUGAAUCCCCUAAAAUCUGAUUUUGAAUGGGUAUAUGACUUUAUGCAAAACAUUGAGAAGUAUUUGUCAUAUUUUAGUCAUUUGUGUAUCGGAUUAAUCUAUCUGUCCGUCCAAUUUCAUUCUUACUUGUCAUAAUUAGAGUCUUUAAUUUUCGGGGAGAGAAGCGGGGUUCCCCCUGGACUGGCCAUUAAGUCACUCGUAAACAAACAGCAAGUCACGCUCACAUUUAAGCCCACGGACAACCUAAACCCAAACAUUCAGGAAUCCGACAGAAAUAUGAAACCUGAUCUUCAGAACUGUGAGCCAGGUGUGCUAACCACGGCGUCACUCACUGCGCUUCCGCAGCUGAAUAACUACAAUAUUAAAAACUGCUCUGGCUGAAAUGCAAUACACUUUCACAUCGCAGUAAUAAGCACAUUGAUAAAUGAAUCGCAAUAAGAAUGGGCAUUUGGCUCAAUUUCCUAGAUCUACUAUGCGGCAAAUUAAGAAUGACUGUUAAAAUGAAGACUUGACUCACGUAAUUACUCUGUAUUAUUUUUGUAUUUUUUUUUUUUUAGUAGUAUUGGAUCUUGUUAGAGUCUCAUUGUGGUGACUAUAUAUAAAUAUUAAUCCAAUACAUCAAAAUGACUGCCAGUGCCAUUACUAGGUUUCAGAGUCUGGUAGCAGCCUCCAGAAGCAGGAGGAGCCCUCCCACCCUCGCUUGUAGCGUCACAUCCAUGUGGUAUAAAAAGAGUCCCUCUCCAGUCUACCACACCUGCUCAAAACAUCUGCUUGAACUCCAUCUGUGUGUCUUCUUUUAAAAGGUUAGUGCCUGAAUGAUUCAUUUGAAGCAUCUAUUUUUGAAGUGCUGAGAUAUGGAGGGGUAGGAACACAGUCGCAUUUUUUUGUCUUUUUUUUUUUUUUCUCAACUGAGAGAACUUGAACAAAAUGUCGACAGCUCCCACUGAUGCCGAGUGCAGCUAAUAGUCUUCAAUCCAAGACGAGUGUCAAUGGACUGCUUGAACUUGACCGAUGAGACCGCGGCGGCCCGGCACCCGUACACCGCUCAGACCUCGGCGCCUCUCACCCUCCUGGUGGGCGUCCUCAUCCUGCUUACCGUCUUUGGCAACGUCAUGGUGGUCAUCGCCGUGACCACCAGCCGUGCCCUCAGAGCCCCGCAGAACUUAUUCCUGCUUUCUCUGGCGUGUGCCGACAUCCUGGUGGCCACGUCGGUGAUGCCUUUCUCCCUGGCCAACGAACUGAUGGGUUACUGGUACUUUGGCAAGGUGUGGUGCGAAAUCUACCUGGCGCUGGACGUGUUUUUCUGCACUUCGUCCAUCGUCCACCUGUGCGCCAUAAGCCUGGACCGAUACUGGUCCAUCACUCGAGCCAUUGAGUACAACCUGAGAAGGACGCCGCACCGGAUCAAAUGCACCAUCUUCGUCGUUUGGUUGCUGGCGGCCAUUAUCUCCUUCCCACCGCUGAUCACCAUGAAGAAGGACAAGGGCCAAGAGGACCGACCGCAGUGUGAAAUCAACGACGAGAAGUGGUACAUUAUCUUCUCCAGCACCGCCUCCUUCUUCGCGCCCUGCGCCAUCAUGGUCCUGGUCUACGUGAGGAUCUACCAAGUGGCCAAGCUGAGGACAAGAACCCCGCCGGGUGAAAGGUCACGAGAAAACGGACGCCCGGAGCGUGAGGAAGGCGAGGCCAACGGGGAGUUCGGCGAUGACUCAUCAUCCGACGGCCACGAAAUAACCUUAUGCUCCCUGAAAAAGAGGCGGCCCGCCCGGAUGGCCAAUCCCGGAGAAGCCGCCCCAAAGUCGGAGGCCGACUCCAGCCGCUGGAAAGGAAGACAGCGCCGAGAGAAACGUUUCACUUUAGUGCUGGCCGUGGUGGUGGGAGUGUUCGUCCUGUGCUGGCUCCCCUUCUUCUUCACGUACACGCUCACGGCCGUGUGCGUGUGCUGCGUGCCCGAGACGCUCUUCAAAAUGUUCUUCUGGUUGGGAUACUGCAACAGCUCCCUCAACCCGGUCAUCUACACCAUAUUCAAUAACGACUUCCGCAGGUCCUUUAAAAAGAUCCUCUGCAGGAAAAGCCAGGUGGAUUUAUAAGAGGACUCAACUUGGAAGAUCAUUUGAUGGUGCAUGUUGAAAUGUAAACUCCUCAGUAUUUACUGAAUGUUACAUCGGUCGCCGUAACUCGGUUGAUGUGCCGUUGGUUCUGUCGCGCGCGUGUGUGUAUCUGUUACUAAAUAAGGGUACACGUUCCAAAACAUUCAAUAAUAUAUGCAAAACAUCUCUAUCAUGAUAUGUAUGUUAAUUAGAUAUCAGUCUUAUACUGUAUACACUUGGCAGGCAUACAUCACAUGCGCUCUUUUAUCUUAUCGUGAGGCAUGUGACAUUUUUUCGAACUUAGUAUGAAGUUCUAAAAUGCGGUUCAUCGCUUGGACAUUUACUGUUUGUUAUGGACUGUCAAUCAUCUUUUUAGCACAUUACAG